AUCAGACUCUUUUAUUUUGUUUUAUUUUAUUUUAUUUUUAUUUUUUUCCCCGGAGAGAUACGCAGGGAGUUGUUUGGUACUAUUUGAACUACUUUGUUGAGCUGACUGUACCCUCCUUUCUCGCCUGGGUGGUGCGUUGGCCUCCAUUCGUACAUUGCUGACUGUUGCUGCAGGAGUGUGCCUGUGCGUUUUGCCUACCUAGAGUCGGACACUAUGUCGAAGCUAUGGGAGGUCGAUCCCGAGACGAAGAGUAAACUGGCUCUUAUCCAGAAGUCCAAGGGGAACGAUCGAUGCUGCGACUGCGGUGCGCCGUCGCCGCAAUGGGCUUCGCCCAAGUUCGGUACGUUCAUCUGUCUCAAUUGUGCAGGCAUACACAGGGGACUCGGUGUGCAUAUAUCCUUUAUCCGGAGCAUAACAAUGGACGCGUUUAAGAUGGCAGAGAUACAGCGGAUGGAGCAUGGAGGCAAUGAGUCGUGGAAACAAUUCUUCGACGGUCACUCUACAACCAUGGCAGAGGGAACGACGUUUGACGAUGCUACGAUAAAGGAGAGAUAUAGCGGUGACGUCGGAGAGGAAUGGAAGGCGAGAUUGACGGCCAAGGUAGAAGGCAGGGAGUAUGUGCCUGGUGAGGAGAAGAAGAAUGCUACUUCGCGGACAAAUACUCCAGGUACGCUGGGGAGUAUCAGCCCAGAUCAAUCCAGGGCAGUAUCUCCUGGGGACAUAGGCAGGAUGAGGAGUCGGAAAGAGCAGAAUGAAGACUAUUUCGCGAAGUUGGGUGGAGAGAAUGCUGCUCGAUCCGAAAGCCUGCCUCCCUCGCAGGGUGGGAAGUACACUGGAUUUGGAGGCGGAAUGCCAGCAUCAAGACAGACAUCUCAAGGUGACAGUAUACCAGGAAUUAACGACUUCCAAAACGACCCCGUUGCCGCCUUGACGAAGGGAUUCGGCUGGUUCACAAGUACAAUCGGGAAGAGUGCGAAGACGGUAAAUGAUAGCUACCUACAACCGGCUGCGAAGUCUCUCGCCGAAUCUGAUCUUGCAGCUCAGGCCCGUAUAGCAGCAGCGGAAGUAUCUCGCAAUAUCCAAUCCGGCGCCCGCGGCGCUUCAGACUCAUUCAAUCGUUUCGUCGAGGGUCCCUCAGAUGGAUCCAGCAACAGGUCAACAUCUGCAUCGAGGCGCUUUGAGCCGGAAAGAAAAGACUUUUGGGACGAUUUUGCUGCCCUUGGGGAAUCGAGAAGCCCACCGCUGAGUAAAUCCGGGGCAAUCGGGACUGCAGCGAUGAAGAAGAACACCCCGACGACGACAACGACAACGACGGGGUCAAGCACUGGCGGAAUUUCGGCACCAAAGGGAAAAGAUGAUUGGGAUGAAAAUUGGUGAAAAAAAAAAAAAAAAUAGAACCAUGAUAUACACGCCCAGCGAACGCUUAUAUUGACAUUGUUGAGACUUACCCGGCCACAUUGUUGGAUUACUCUCUGGUGGCGUUUCUUUUGGUGAUGGGGCUCAUACCAGCUUUCUCGUAUAUAUAAAUAUCCUCUUUCCGCCUGCUUUUCUAUUACAGCUCUCUUUCACGUUAAGAUGAAUUCAACGCUUAUGUCAUUGCAUAGGCUAAUAUUAUAGAG